AUGGCUCGGUUUUGGAUUCAAUAUGGAGUUACUAAGGUUGCUGUCUUUAGUGCAUUCAUCCGAGCUAGUGCAGAAGAGCAAGGCAAGGCAGCAAAAGAAUUGUUGGAAGUGCUGAAAGUCUUAGAAGAGCGAUGCCUUGGAGAUAAGAAGUUUUUCGGUGGGGACAGCAUAAAUCUAGUAGACAUCUCGUAUGGAAUAUUAUCUUAUUGGUUUGCAGCCAUUGAAGAAGCAAUAGGUGUAAAAGUGUUGGAACCGACCACAUUGCCUCGAUUGCAUACUUGGACUAAGAAUUUCCUUGAAGUUCCUCUGAUUAAAGAAAACAUUCCUGACAAUGAUAAGAUGUUAGCCUACGUGAGAGGUGUCAGGGAGAAAUUACUCAACAAGUAG